AUGGCAAUUACGCAUUUUGAAGCCAAUGACAUGUCGACUCUGGGUCUAAAGGCUUAUUUAACAAAGCUCCCUCUUGCGUGCACAAGGGCCCCAAACGGGAUAUCGUCCGCACUAUUACAUCGUAGUUAUGUCGGAAUCAUUGUGUUCAAAUUGCCUAUCGUUUCAAGAUUCAUUGCAAAGCCCCACCUCCGACUGAACAUCCAAGCUCUCCACGAUUCGGCACGACAGGGAUGCGCGCUUUGUCGCGUCAUCUACCAAUCACUGAUCUACGAUGGAGGUGUCUCACUUCAAGAUACCAACGCGCCUAUCGAUAUCAUGAUCAAGGACUCCACCAUUGAUUCUGAUUCGGAGGAGUCCCGACUUGACAUAUUGUCGGUCAAGGUUCAACAACGGAAUUCUGCUGGUAGUACAUAUUUAUCCGUUCUGUUUAACAACGGAGGACAGAAGCGAGCUUUUGAAGCCUAUCGAGAACUUGUUGGUCAGCUUCAAGACCUUUCCUCUGACGAGGGAAUGCAGAAUAUUGUUCGUUUGACUUCAGGAUGGAUCCGAGAGUGCAGGGAUACACACAUCCGAUGUAGACAUCCGGACACUCAGAGUCGCAUUAAUUGCUUACCUACGAGGCUCGUCGAUGUCAGAUCAGAUGAAGAUACUCAGCCUCCGCGACUGUUCAUUCCCGGUAAAAACGAGGGUUCUCAUAGUAUCCAAUACGUUGCUCUGAGCUACGCCGAUGAUGAAAAAUCUGCCUUGCUCUCAGCUUCCAAAAACGAUUCAAGAUGCAAUCGUCUUGACUCCGAAGGACCGGACGAUGUGAAUCACAAAGAAGACUGGUCCUGCGAAGCUACGCGUUUUGGAUACUAUUACCAAAACGCAACAGUUACACUGUCAGCGACUGGCGCCAUCUCUUCCGACGACGGAUUGUUCUUACCGAGGCCUGCCCAAGCCUUUGAUCGCGAGCCUGUGAUCUUGCGACGGAAGAUUCCUGACGGCGAAACUAGAGAAAUCUCAAUCCUUCCGAAGGUACCAAGCUGGAUAUCAGAAAUCAAGGGAGCCCCACUAUAUGAUAGAGGCUGGGCUAUCCAAGAACGGAUGUUAUCGACGAGAGUUGUACAUUUCGCGAAUAAUAUGGUCUUGUGGGAAUGCCAUCAGUGUCGAGCUACAGAAAUUGACCACGAUGGGCUGAGUCUGAAGGAUAGCGAUAGAGGGAUGGUGUACGAAGAGGUCUCGGAUUUUAUGCCUGUAUUUCGCAAUCUACAGAGGCAAGGCAAAGGAGCGAGUCAAGUCAUACGCGAGUGGUAUAGCUUCAUCGAGGGCUACACCGGUGCUAAGUUCACCUUUGCAGGCGAUCGACUUCCUGCUUUAUCGGGUAUCUCUGCUCUGAUCCAGAAGUACAUCCCUCAGAAAUACGGGGCUGGAUUGUGGGAGUCAGCUAUUCCCGAAGGGUUGGCCUGGUUGAGAGAAGCAGACUCAGCGAUGUGCUGGACUGAUCUGGUGAAUUGUUCCGGGAUCAGAGAGGAUUUCCAGCUCAAGCUGCCAUCUUGGUCCUGGGCUACUAGCAGAGGGCCAGUGCGAUUCCUCUCAUCGCUGGAUACUUGGGAGACAAUGCUCGAAGUGGAAACCUGGGAAGUGAAAUCUGCGGGUGUAGAUACAUCUGGACAGGUGCUUGGCGCCCAACUACGAGUUCGAGGCGCGUUUGGCCUGUUCGAUCUGUCUGACUUUGGACUGAAGCUUGAUGUGGAUCCAGAAUCUAGAACACGGCUUCUAGAACACGAAGGACAAGUGGGUUAUACUCGAGCAGCUUUUAUGGAUGCCGAAGUGACAACGCAGUGGGUCUCCGAGGCCUGUCCUUGCAUACUGGUUGGCACCGCGUAUGUUCCCGGUUCGGGUCGCACGGACGGCGUCACCGGUUGUGCUCUUAUUUUAGAACGGACCGGUAGCUUGUAUGGUUCUAUUGAGGAGUAUCGACGAAUCGGUUUCCUUUGUCUUCCUUUCGAAGACUGGCGGUCUAAGAGUUGCAACCAGAAAACAAUUGAGUUGGAUGGCAUCAAGCUCGGGCAACGCGUCCUUGCGCCCUCUGAUGCCUCGAUUAAAAGAGAGGCCGCCAUUCCGCCCGCCAGCGCCGACACCGCUGACCGCGAAGCGCAAGCCUGUUGCCAGCACAACGCCUUGAGACGCAGGAAUUGGGAGUUGGAGAAUCAACUGCAGGAGAUUCGUAGUUCUCAGCAGCAUCUCCAACAGUUUGUCGAAGCUCUCAAGUUCGUCGACGACAAUGCUGCGGCUUCUAUUGUCCAGCAGCUACGGAAUGGAGCCAGUGUAUCGGAGCUGGCUCAGGAUGUUAGCACUGGCAACCUUCUUCUCCAACUGUCCGACCGUCCAAGUUUGGCCGGGCGAGAUGAAGAGGCAGAGAGCUCUGUGACAAGGCCGUCAAAGCAGACGGUCACGGACGACCGGUCGCUGGUUACUGCCUCCGCAUACGCGGAACUGUUUGACCUACUACGAACAGCAAGGGACGAAGAUGCCUUGGAUAUCCUCCGCAGAAUCAGACAAGGGCACGGCAUUGAUACCACUUUGCGCAAAGCAAAGGAAGCGAACCCAGUGGCACAGCUUUUCCUUGUACCCGAAACUCGACGGUGGUACCAAUUCCCACAUCGUUCGUCCUUCCCACACUUUCUUGAAGUAGAGGACAACCCGUAUCUCAGCUCGUAUAUGUACAAAGCAACCAUCAGGGAGCCUUCCACUCCGCAGGUCCAAACAAGCGAUAGGCAAAGCACUUUGAACCAAGUUUUAUAUACGACGCCUUUCCAUGCCGCCAAGAUGGUAGAUCCAUACCUCUGGGACAUCAAAGCAGCCAGAUGGACCAACGUCACGAAUGACAAUCAGCUGGUCUCAGAGCUCUUGAACUCCUACUUCCUCCAUCACUAUACAAUAUAUAUGGGGUUCCAUAAAGAUUACUUUCUGGAAGACUUGGCUAAUGGCCGGACACAGUUCUGUUCCCCAUUGCUGGUUAAUACGCUACUGGCUGCCGCGGCCCAUACAUACACGAGCAUACCUGAUCGCGCAAAGUUUUGGAGCCCACAAAAUCUGGCAUAUCAGUUCUUAGCUGAGGCGCGACGGCUGUGGGAGAUACAGGAGGGCCAAAGCAGUCUGACGGCCAUCCAAGCCGCCAUUGUACUGAACAUCAUAUAUGAUUGCGACACGAUGGACAAAAUCGGGAGAUCAUACCUACUUCAGGCUGUCGCUAUGGCCCAUGACCUCAAGCUUUUCCAAUCCUCGUCAAACAAAGUUAUGUCCAAGAAGAUGCAGCGGGCCAGGACCUUUACUGCAUGGUGUCUGUUCGCUUGGGAUGCUAUGCAUAGCUUUCAUUACCGCCUGUCACCUUUAUUUGAUGAAGCACCCGAGUGUCCCUUACCCUCUGCACACGACCAUCCCUCCUGGUAUCCCGAGAUCUAUGUGAGAUAUCCCCUGGAUAACACUAUUGUACCCAUUGGGUUUGGUCCUGCUAUGAAAGCGAUGGUAGAUCUACAGCAUAUCGCACAUAAUGUUUCGCGUUACUACUGGAGUGGUCACAGUCAACCAGCCAAGGAUCCAUCACCUUUCCGUCUUCAAUUAAACGGUUGGGUCAGCAGCUUACCCGAGCCGCUUACAUUCAAUAACAUCAUCCUACCCAUGCAUUUACGCAUUCACCUUGAGUACUAUAGUAUACUCGUGAGUCUGAUACAAGUGCAGAGAGAUACUAUGCCGGUCCCAUUUUUGGAGCGUCCUUCCAACCAAGAUGAGGGCGAAAUUGGGCGCCAAUACAUACGCAUCGAGACCCUCAUCCGUCUGUACUAUAUGCAUCACAAUCUCGAAAUAUUCGAUCCGUAUUUGGUUGUUACCCUACUCAUGCUUGGCAACUAUGUUGUUGACAUUCUUGAUACAACGCCGUUACAGGCAGAUGAUAUAGAACUGUACCGCUCAACCCUGAUUCUCUGUGCACGUGGCCUCUGUGCUCAGGGAAACAAUAGUUAUAUCUCCACGAUGGUGUACUUAAUGCUCCGAAACCGCAUGAAAACGCGCGAGCAUGCCUUGCUGGAAACAUACGUUCACAAUGAGCCCAGUGCCGAUCAGGAGUCUAUUGUUGGUUAUAAUCGGUCCAAUUAUCCUGUGCCGAUCAUCAAGAUUGAUGAGGAUCCGCGGACAGUAUUGUUAAGGAAGUUAGUUAAAUCCUACGAGGCACUAUCAGUGGACGAGUCAUAG